AUGAAUAAUUAUUUAAACCGUGGAUUGGUUAUAAAUGCUCAAGGAAUACAACUUUCGGAUUUUUUAUCUUAUAACUUUAAACAACAACAUAAACAUGACUCCGUAGAAAAAACGUCUUUUUGUGCCAAAUUAUUCAAUUCUACAACCAAAAAAGAAUCUUUCUUGUUAGAAAGUCCAAUUGAGAUUUCUUAUGACGAUUUAGAGUAUGCUAGUCAGAUAUUUGAUACCGAUGAGGCCGCGAAUUCUGCAAGGUCCUUUCUUGUUAAUGAGUCUUCUGUAAAUGAUGUUAUUCUAGUAAUUGAAUAUUCGAAAGCUGAAUUAACUAUUGAAAAAGAAACAAUAAAGCCAUCUGAUGAAUUGACUGAUAAAAUAAAAGAAGCUCUGAAACAUCAUGAUCCAUAUUAUAGAUUAAUGUAUAUAUUUAAUAUUUAUGGCUAUUUUUUGCCAAAAAAAAUAAUUCUUGGGCACAAAAUGUAUAGAAUGACUCAUUUAACCAAAGAUAAAAGAUUGAAUGAAACAAAGAUAAAAAUAAAUGAAACAAAAUGGACUACUCUUGAUGAUUUUUCAGAUAGUAAACUUGGAGAUAUUUUGAGUCAAUGGGAAAAAUGUAUUGGUUUACAUAAUUUUGAUUUAUCUCACUUUGUAUCAAUUGAUGACAAAAUCAUUAGGAAAGAUAAACUCAAAGAGUGGAUUAAAUUUUGUUUAGAAAGUGAUCUUGACUCAUUACAAGUAAUUAGCUGUAAAGAAUUAUAUUCAUUGUAUAAAAUUUUUGACUCAACUCUUCGCCAUGAAGUUAAAUCUGUUCUCGAAAUUAAAGAAAAGGUGCUAAUGACUGGAAUAGUGCCAAUUAAAGAUCCACCAUAUUUGUAUAGUAUAAAUUUUCCUGUAUGUUUCAAAUCCAAUGAUUAUCAGGUGUUGGGAAAAUUUAUUGCACAUGAUGGGGAAUCAAUUAAUGAGGUUGAUGGUAUACCUGCUAAAAUUGGAUAUUUUAGUAAAGAUACGCGAAAAAUAAGCAUAUUUGGUUCAGAUAAGGAGCUAUUUAAAUUGAAUUUAAACAAUGAUAUUAUAUUGAAAUUUUCAGAAAAUUUACCAUCAAAUUCAGUUAUUUUUAUCUCAUUUAAAUGCCCACCUUCAAAUAACGAACAAAAUUUUAUAACCAAAAUACAAAAUCAUAAAGAUAAUGAAUUUUCAAUCAAUAUAAGUUAUCCAAGUUAUGAAUUUCCUUUUGAUGAAAAUAAUGUAAAGAAUAUAAAUAUAUUAGAAUAUUCGAUUCAAUGGCUUGAAGAACAAUAA